UCUUGUGUAAUAAUGCACAUACAAUUCGUUACAAGACGCAGGGCAUGCCUCUAUACUAUGCAAUAGCUAACUUGUGGCACAUCGACCGUCAUCGUGCUUGUAGAGAGCUACAUCAGUGUAUUUAUACUGUGAAAUAUUGGUGCUGUACAGAAGUAGUUUCGUGGAGUUGUGCGUUCUGGAUAACAGUGAUUCGAGUGCUGUGUUUGCAACGAAAAUGAAUGGUCGCUUUCCAGGACCACAUAUCUGGUCUCCAGCUUAUGGACGACCACCUCCUCAGCCGCACAAUGCCUACCCAAUGCUACUUGAAGGGCCAUACGGCGUACAGACCAUGGGCGCUUCGUCCUCCUAUCCUGGGGCAGGCAUGCCUUUUCAACCCAGGCCUCCAGCCUCUCUGUCCCAGUGUUUGGGCUUGCCCAGGAGCAUGCCUGGCGGUGUACAGAAGGCUCAAGGAUUGAAUGCGCCGUUGCCCGAUGGUGUAGAAAAACAAGAGGACGGCUCGGUAUUCUGCAAGAAUUGUGACAAGAAGUUCCCCGACAUCUCGCAGUUCAGAGCGCAUGAAGCACAUCACCGCAAGUGUGACGUAGAUGGCUGUUCCUUCAUGGGAACUCAACGUGCUGUCAAUAUCCACCGAGAAGAGAAACACAGUGCCGUCAGUAGCAUGGUGCCUGUUUUGGAAACACCAGAACAAAUUGCAAAGUGGAGGGAGGCUCGCAGAAAGAACUUUCCGACAACAGAGAACGUCAGUCGCAAGAAGGAAGCUCAGCGACAGAGGCAUGAGCGCGGCCAAGUGGCCCAGAACGAGUUACACCAGUCUCGCAAUGGGUUUGGUGCACGUGGCGGCCAAAGACAGCGCAACAAGCACCCUCACCAACGACAAAGCUAUUCUGAUCGGCCUGACCAACACCAGAAGAAACAACACGUACAGCACUCUGCCGUCCGCACGGACGGUAUCGCUCCCGAGCCGCAGGCGAAGAGGCCAUGCCCGUUCAACACCUCCAGCGGCAGCCCGAGCACCGGUACAUCAGACACACUGGCAGCAGCAACACCCAGAGUACUGUUAGCAGGAGCGGAAUUGACAUCGGCUGCAGAAGCUGCGCCAUCAGCAUCCGUAUCGACACCCACUGCUGUGUCACCUGCAAACCGUUCUGGUCUUGGUCUGCUGGGUUCGUAUGGCAGUGAUGAGGACAGUAGUGACAAUGAUGAAGAUUCCGCCAGCAGUACACUGGUGAAGAGAUCACCGGAGAGCUCUACACCACAGCUCGGUGGGGGCAGUACCGAUGCUGCAUGCGAUUCCACUAUAGCAAGUAGUGAUGCCACUGGUCCGCUGGCCGAAUCUGCAGCUCCUGACAGCAUCAGUGACGAGGGCUCUGUUGGUCCGCUGCUUGAAUCUGCUGCUCCUGAUACUGUCAGUGAUGAUGGCUCUGUGCUUGACGAGUCGGCUGUUCUGUCUGCUCUGCUGGCAGAUGCCGGGCGGUUGCAACCGCUUGCCACUGAACCAGUUGUACCGAAUCCUAGCCAAUGGGCUGAGGGUGGUGUCACAGCGCAUGAUGGCAGACAACACGGUCGACAAAGGCAACCGAGGAGGCAAAAGCAGCGGAACAAGAACCCUCGCCAUCAGGCACCGGCACCGGCACCUUCACCACCCAAGCCAGGGUUGUUGGAAAAGCUGCUGGCUGGUGAAGUGCGAAGGGAGAGGAACAUCCUACUGCAGUGUAUUCGCCACAUAGUCCGUGAAGACUUCUUUGACCAGCACCCACGCCUUCCGCCGUCCUCUCAGCAACACUGAUCUUCUGUCUACACCCGAGCCUGACUUUACGGCACUUUGCAGACCAUGGCAAUACUGAUUGCCUUGAAGUUGUUCUUGAUUAUUAAUCUCUUACACACCAACCAUGUGUUCCGAACAAGUGUGUUGUCAAGUAAUCAAAGGAUAUUUUGCGUUUCUCAAUGAAGAUGUUGCGUUCCCGGCUAUUCUUUUUCGUCUUUCCACACCCUGGUCGAAGCCCAGGAUUAUCAAGGCUUUACACUUUUACUAUUCGGCUACAUUCUGAUUUCUAGAAUACUACUGUUCAAUGCUUUGAGAGUGGAGUUGACGGAAUGAGCAUGAUUGUGUUCUUCUUGUACCAUUUUGCCAUCGUCACAGCAUGAUCCACCGGUCAUUGAAGAUUAUUUAUGCCGGAACAAUCAUACCCAUGAUGAUCCAAAUCCAAAUGGGAUUUUUCGGUCUUUGACCACUUUGAUCUACUUCACUAGUACUGCUUUGA